AUGUGGAAGACUGAUGUGUGGGAUGAUUUUAAGAUGUGUUUUCCAGAUAACAACAAUGGAAGCAGAAUUAUCAUGACAACCCGCUUUAACGAAGUUGCUCUGUAUGCUAAACAAUGCAGUGAACCUCAUUAUCUUUGUUUUCUUAACGAACAAGAAAGUUGGAAUUUACUGCAAAAGAAGUUGUUUCAUGAGGAGGGCUGCCCUACUAAACUACUGCAAGUUGGAAAAGAAAUUUCAGAUAAAUGUCAAGGACUGCCUCUCUUUAUCAUUUUGGUAGCAGGAAUUCUUGGCAAUAUGGAGGUUAAACCAAACUGUAGGAUAGAGGAUAAAGCAAACAGCUGGAAACGUGUGACGGACAGUUUAAGUUCUAAGUUGGUUAGUGAUAGAGAGCACAACUGGAUGGACUUAAUAGAACUGAGUUACAAGCAUUGGCCUCAUCACUUGAAAUCUUGCUUCUUGUAUUUUGGAACAUUUUUGGAGGAUCAAGAGAUUCCAGUCUCAAAAUUGAUUAUGUUGUGGAUUUCUGAGGGGUUUGUACAAAAAGCUGAGUCAAAGAAACAAGAGGAUAUUGCAGAAGAAUACUUGAUGAAUCUGAUAAGUAGGAAUCUAGUAAUGGUUGCCAAAAGAAGAUCCAUAGGUGGGGAGAAAUCAUGUCGUGUUCAUGAUUUGUUACACAAGUUUUGCUUGGAAAAGGCAGAGGAAGAAAGCCUGUUGCACGUGACAACAAGUUUGAAGAACAAGUUCCUCCCUUUUCCUAUAGUUAUAAUUACGGUUUUGAUACCCAUGAUUUUGGUCCUCCAAAGACUCCAAUAA